AUGGGUAACCGAAAGACCGCGAUCCUCUCUCAGAUUUUCCCGGAAGCCAUGGAAAGUCCCCUUAUUCUCCACUGCGUGCUCAUGAUUGCCGCGAAAGAUCUCCUGAAGUAUGAUUCGAGCGUGGAAUUACAAGCCUCAGCGGUUGAAUACUACGGUAGAGCUAUUUCCGGCUUGCGUGAGGCUCUUAGUGGUGAGCAAUCAGCUACUUCUGAUCAUAACCUGUUGGCAGUUGCUUUAUUUUGCCUUCACGAGAUAUUGCCACAUCUGAACGCUGCGGCCAGUCUACUCAGACCCCGGCUCCACAUGGUGCCGCCCAACACAUCUCUGCGAAAGUUCCUCGUGGAAAUGUUUUGUUACUUCUUUUCCAUCACAGCAUUCACUCACGGGGCUCAGCUAGUACUGAGUGAAGCCAGGCAGAUAUUUGAAUUUCCGGGUCUUCUCCAGCACCUAGAAAGUGGAUCAAUUAUGGGCACCUCGCAGAAAGUAUUUUUUAUUGUGUUCCGCGUCGCCCUCCAUCUAUCGCAGUUCGAGUCAAGUAUGCUCACUUAUAAGAGGAUAUAUGCCGACCUAGUGAGCGCUAAGCAAGACUUACGGAAUAUUCGAGCGUCAUUCCAUGUACAGCCCGACAUGAGUGCGGAAAUGAUCAACGAUGGUGUGACAUUCGAGCUAUAUCGCCUUGCUUGUCUGAUGUACCUGCAAAGCCUUAUCGAUGGGUCCAUCUCUAUCUCGGCCGCUUCUAUUCAGGAGAUGGUGUCCUCCUUUGUCACUCACUUAGCAAUGUUACCACCCGAGUCGCCCUCAGACGGCUUUCUUUGCUGGCCAAUGGUGAUUGUGGGGCGUUGUGCUAUCCAGCAAACCCAUCGAGCUGCUAUUAGCACAAAGCUGAAAACGAUUUUUGACAAGUUUCGUUCAGAAAUAUUUUCCAGGAACCUUACUAUGCUAAAGCAACACUGGCGAAACCUGGAGAGGGUAGACCUGCAUUCAAUGCCGGGUUUUACUCUGGCGGAUGGCAUGCGCAACUUCAACGAUGCAGUUCUCAUGGUCUGA